CCGCCCCGCCCUGCGGCUGCGGUGCCCGCCGGGCCGAGAACCCCGAGAGCCGGAGCGGACCGAGGACCGAGCUCACACCGACCCAAGCGCCGCGCCCGGACGCCCGCCUAGAGCGCCGCUACUGCCGCGCCCCGCUCACCCCUCGCGGCUCCGCACCCGGUGGCCGGUGGCCAGAUUUGACCAUGAGCUACCCAGGCUACCCCCCGCCCGCAGGCGGCUACCCCCCAGCUGCACCAGGUGGCGGUGCCUGGGGAGGUGCUGGCUACCCCCAGCCCAACAUGCCCCCUAUUGGGCUGGAUAACGUGGCCAACUACGCAGGGCAGUUCAACCAGGACUACCUCUCGGGAAUGGCGGCCAACGUGUCCGGGACGUUCGGAGGAGCCAACGUGCCAAACCUGUACCCUGGCGCCCCUGGGGCCCCCGGGGGCGGUUACCCUCCUCUGCCCCCUGGGGGUUUUGGGCAGCCCUCUUCCACGCAGCAGCCUCUUCCUCCGUACGGAAUGUACCCGCCCCCUGGAGGAAACCCGCCGUCUGGGAUGCCUUCAUACCCACCCCCUGGGGGAAACCCGCCAUCUGGGAUGCCUUCAUACCCGUCAUACCCAGGGGCCCCUGCGCCAGGCCAGCCCAUGCCGCCUCCCGGACAGCAGCCCCCAGGAGCCUACCCUGGGCAGCCGCCAAUGACCUACCCUGGGCAGUCACCAAUGCCACCUCCUGGGCAGCACCAGCAGCCGAUGCCAAGCUACCCAGCAUUUCAAGGGUCCGGGACCGUCACCCCUGCCGUGCCCCCAUCUCAGUUUGGGAAUCGAGGUACCAUCACAGAUGCUCCUGGCUUUGACCCCUUGCGAGACGCCGAGGUUCUGCGGAAGGCUAUGAAAGGCUUUGGGACUGACGAGCAGGCCAUCAUCGACUGCCUGGGGAGUCGCUCCAACAAGCAGCGGCAGCAGAUCCUCCUGUCCUUCAAGACAGCGUAUGGGAAGGAUUUGAUCAAAGAUCUGAAAUCUGAACUGUCAGGAAACUUCGAGAAGACUAUCUUGGCUCUGAUGAAGACCCCAAUCCUCUUUGAUGUUUACGAGAUAAAGGAAGCCAUCAAGGGGGCUGGCACGGACGAAGCCUGUCUGAUCGAGAUCCUCGCCUCCCGCAACAACGAGCACAUCCGGGAACUGAGCAGAGCCUACCAAGCAGAAUUCAGGAAGACCCUGGAGGAGGCCAUUCGAAGCGACACGUCAGGACACUUCCAGCGGCUCCUCAUCUCUCUCUCUCAGGGAAACCGGGAUGAAAGCACAAACGUGGACAUGUCGCUCGUCCAGAGAGAUGUCCAGGAACUGUACGCAGCUGGGGAGAACCGCCUGGGAACAGAUGAGUCCAAGUUCAAUGCAAUCCUAUGCGCCCGCAGCCGGGCCCAUCUGGUGGCAGUUUUCAAUGAGUAUCAGCGAAUGACAGGCCGAGACAUUGAGAAGAGCAUCUGCCGGGAGAUGUCCGGGGACCUGGAGCAGGGCAUGCUGGCUGUGGUGAAAUGCCUCAAGAACACCCCUGCCUUCUUUGCUGAAAGGCUCAACAAGGCCAUGAGGGGAGCAGGAACAAAGGACCGGACCCUGAUUCGCAUCAUGGUGUCUCGCAGCGAGAUCGACCUCCUGGACAUCAGAGCGGAGUACAAGCGGCUGUACGGCAAGUCGCUGUACCACGACAUCACGGGAGACACCUCGGGGGAUUACCGGAAGAUUCUGCUGAAGAUCUGUGGUGGCAACGACUGAGCCGUGACCGGUGGCUCACUGUCCACCUGCCAGCAACAGUGAUGCUAGGAAAAGGCCAAAGGAAUGUCUGUCUGUUUCUACCAAACCCACAAAAUAGCCCCCAAACCCCAGUGCCGACAACCUGCGGAGCCUCUGCCCUGUCCCCCACCCGCCCCUCCUGACCGUGCCCCCCCACCCGCCCCUCCUGACUGUGCCCACCCGCCCCUCCUGAUGGUGCCCAUGGGCCUGGUUGGCCUGGACGCUCAGGAUACGUCUCCUUCCCCCCGUCCCCCCUCAGCCUCUUGCUGCUAAAGUAGAUGUUUUGUCUCUGACUCAUGCAGCCAUUGCCCUUUGCUUGUAGCUGAGACACUCGGCUUCAUUUUAGUCACAUGAUUUUAAUGUUCUUUGGAGGCAUUUUUUUAUAGUCAUUGCCAGACAGGUGCGUCCACUCUGCUGCCACACAUUUCGGGAAGUGUGAGCGGUCGGGGGCCGUGCCAUGUCCUCACUGAGGAGGAAAAGGGAGGACCUUUCAGGGCAAUCUUUGAUUCUGGUGAGAAUGUGUCAUGAGCUUUGUUAUUGCCAAACUCACUGCUUUUUAGAGAAAAAAAAGGUCAGAAAGUCAUCUGUUCCUUCUUCAUAUAAAACCAGGGAAGAACCAGCCCUGGUACAGGGCUCUCUGUAAUGGAGGAUGUGCCUUACACCUGGAUGCUGAUGGCCAAAAGCUGUUUCUAAAUUAAAGCCAGCCAGCUCUGGAACAUUCUGGAAA